UUCUUGUAUUAAUUGCCCCCUUCAUCACAUAUGAGUUGCUACAUACCUUUGGGCUAUCUUACAUGGACUCUUUUGACUAUAUAAAGAACUUGUGUCGCCAGACACUCAACCCUCGGACACUAAGUGGCGUUAGUAACUUGCUCCCGUUUGGUGGCGGAGGGAGUGUAGGCCUAGUGGGGUGUUCAUGCCCCACUGAAUUCCUUUUUUUAUUAGUUAAACUUUGCAUUUUGCCUUAUAAGUUGUCUUUCAUAACUAUUCUCUUUUUAAUGACCCUAAUAUCCUUUGUAUAUCAUUUCAUUCUCAAAUUUUUAUUUUAAAAAAGGACAAUUCCUCUACACAGGUUAAAUGAGAUGUCUAAUGCAAAUAACAGCCAUCACUUACUAUUUAAAACUCUCUAAUGCACAAUGUGUUGGGUUUUUGCCCAUGUGGUUUUAAUGCAUUGAAAGAAAAAUGGAAAAGUGAUGGUUAGUUGUGUUUUUAAUUGGCUGAAGCAAAUGUCUUUGGAAGUAGUCUUGAGUGGGUAAAAUGCUGGCUGUGUGUUCCAAAGUCCUCAAGUGCAUUUGAUGCUUGGCCUUCAGAAGUUUCUCGGCAGUUCAAGUGUUCUUUCGUUCUUGUCGAUUAGUGCCAUGUCAUGCCUACAUAUUUAAGGGGUUUUGGCCGUGUAGUGUGUGCGAAAAAGAGUCAAUAAAACCAAACUAUUAGUGGAUGUUUUUGGUAGAGAGAAAAUUGUGCGAGUGAGAGAGAGUGAUAAAAAUAUGAGUGAGCUUGAGAGCUUGGGUUGGGGUAUUUCUUAUCCCAUCGUACUCAUACAAUAUUAGUGGAAAUUGUUCUCUCUCCUGUGGAAUAGGCAUUGAGGCCAAACCACGUAACUCUUGUGUGUCUCUUUUGUGCGUGUUUAUUUUUGGUUGCGCUUCCGCUGCGGGUGGAAUUGGAAAUUCCAAAAUUCAAAUGUGGCUCUAAACCAUGGGAUAUAUGCAUUGUACUUUGGGAAUUAUUUACAGUUUUGACAGUAGUCUUGUUUGUUUCUCUCUCGAUAGAACCCACAACACAAUUUGAAUUUGGAGAUUUAGGAAUAGUGUUUGAAAAACAGAUAAUCUUUCUAAUUGGAGCAAGAUUGCUAAAUAUCAACGUGCUCUUAAACUUGAUCCGAUGAGACAGUUCAAGCAAUCGGUUUGUUUUGACAAUUUAUGUGACUAGCUUUCUUAAUAACUAUGGUAACCUUUUAUUAUUAUCAGUAUAAAAGUUUUUUUUAUUGUUCUAGUAUUACUUAUUAAGAUCCUUUUUGGUUUUGAAGCGUGUUUAAAAGGUCCCCCCACUAACACUAAAUCUUGGCUCCAUCAUUGCUUAUGGUUGUUCAGUAUUCAAGGAUAGGAAUAUGGGAUCUGUAUCUAACACUUUAGUUGGGCAUUCAUAUAGCAAGAAUUCUCAUAAUUCGUAUAUACCCUGAAGUAUGCAUAGAACUCCUAUAUUAUGCAUGAAAUGCUCUAGCCUGUAGGUAACAAGUAACACCAUUUAGCCUAAACAAUUAGAAAAAAGUUGGAAUAUGAACACUUUGGCAUGUCACGUAUCCUUGAAAUGAAAGCUAUAUGGAUCAAACACUUCAGACAUGUACCUCCACUUGACACCCCUUUCCGAGUCCAUGUGACAUUGUGUUUGGGAAAGAUAUUCUGAUACAUGGGUGGUUGUGUGUGAUUUGAUUGUUACGAUAUUUCACACAAUGCCAAUCCUCUUACCCUUCUUACGGGCGACUGCCAUAAUUCAGCUGGACAAAAAACCAUGCGUCUCUGGAGCAAUUAACAACUAUACUAUGCAACUUAUGUCAGCUUACGAGGACUCCAAUAUGGAAAGUAAAUACAACUUGACAGAGGCACUUAUGUUUUUAUCACAUUUCAUUGGGGAUAUCCAUCAGCCUCUUCAUGUUGGUUUCACCGAAGAUGAAGGUGGGAACACCGUCACUGUCCGUUGGUAUCGGAGGAAGACCAAUUUACACCAUGAUGGUUGGUCCAAUGACAUCUUACCUUGGGAGAGUUGCUCACUUGAUCAGACAGCGUGUCCAGACCCAUAUGCAUCUGAAAGCAUUAAUUUGGCCUGCAAGUUUGCCUACAGAAAUGCCACACCAGGAAGCACUUUAGAAGAUGAUUACUUCCUCUCUCGGCUGGCUGUUGUGGAGAAGAGGCUAGCUCAAGGUGGGCUUCGCUUGGCUGCAACCCUUAACCCUUAUCCUGGGUCUGGAAUGGUCUGGAACUGUCGAGGCCGUCGGGAGGAACGUCACUCGGUGGAAAAUCGGUGACCAGGUAUGUGCUCUUCUUAGUGGAGGAGGGUAUGCUGAGAAUGUGGCUGUACCCACUGGACAAGUUCUUCCUGUUCCAGCUGGUGUUUCUCUAAAAGAUGCUGCUAGUUUCCCUGAAGUGGUGUGCACUGUUUGGUCAACCGUGUUCAUGAUGAGCAGGCUAUCUGCUGGAGAAACAUUCCUGAUACACGGGA